CUGUAUUUCCCUCCAUAUUUGCCUCCAAACCCCACCCUAAACCCUGUCUCACAUGCCAUGGCCACCAUCACCCAACCCAUCUCACCUUUCCCAUUCCACCCAACCCCCACUACUCUCCACCACCACUAUACCCAACUCUCCACCGUCCUCACCUACGCCACAUCCCUCUCCCACCUUAAACAGAUCCACGCCCAAAUCAUCCGGUCCCACCUGGACCGGUCCAACUCCCUUCUUCUGAAACUCGUCCUCUCCUCCUCCACAUCUAGCCUCGACUAUGCUGUCUCCGUUUUCAAAACAAUGUACAAACCCGAAGCCCAUCUCUGCAACAAGUUCUUGCGCGAACUGUCGCGUAGUGACGAACCUGAAAAGACCCUUUUGGUGUAUGAGAACAUGAGAAGAGAAGGCUUGGUUGUUGACAGGUUUAGUAUUCCGCCAUUAUUGAAGGCGGCGUCGAGAGUUUUGGGGUUGAGCGAAGGGAUGGAAAUUCAUGGGUUGGCUUCGAGACUGGGUUUCGAUUCGGACCCCUUUGUGCAGACUGCUUUGAUUGGUAUGUAUGCUGCUUGUGGGCAAAUUCAAGAGGCGCGCUUGAUGUUCGAUAAAAUGUCUUACCGGGACGUUGUUACGUGGGAUAUAAUGAUUGAUGGGUACUGUCAAAAUAACUGUUUUGCUGAAGUCUUGCUACUAUUUGAAGAGAUGAAGAGAUCCACUGUGGAAUUGGAUGGGAGGAUUUUUUCAACAAUCCUCUCUGCCUGUGGCCGUGCCGGAAACUUGGAUUUUGGGAGAGUCAUCCAUGAAUUUAUUGUAGAAAAUAAUAUUGGGUUGGACUCUCAUUUGGAGAGUGCUCUUGUCACCAUGUAUGCAGGUUGUGGCUCUAUGGAUGUGGCCCAGAGUUUGUACAAUAGGUUGUCACCCAAGAAUGUUGUUGUUUCAACUGCCAUGGUUUCUGGGUAUUCCAAACUUGGACAGGUUGAGGCUGCUCGUUUGAUUUUCAAUGAAAUGGAUAAAAAGGAUUUGGUCUGUUGGAGUGCGAUGAUCUCUGGUUACGCAGAGAGUGAUCAGCCUCAAGAAGCUCUUAAGUUGUUUAAUGAAAUGCAAGUUUCAGGGAUAAAGCCUGACCAGGUAAACAUGCUAAGUGUCAUAUCAGCUUGUGCUAAUCUUGGUGCAUUGGAUCAAGCAAAAUGGAUCCAUAUGUUUGUUGAUAAGACUGCGUUUGGAGAAGCUUUGCCUAUAAACAAUGCCCUUAUUGAUAUGUACGCCAAGUGUGGGAGCUUGCAGGGAGCAAGAGAAGUUUUCAGUCGGAUGCGUAGGAGAAAUGUGAUAUCUUGGACCAGUCUGAUCAGCGCGUUUGCCAUGCAUGGGGAUGCCGAUAGUGCCCUGCAGCUCUUCGAUCAGAUGAAAACUGAAGAUAUUGAGCCCAAUUGGGUCACAUUUGUUGGUGUCCUCUAUGCUUGUAGCCAUGCUGGAUUAGUCAAAGAGGGCCGGAAAAUUUUUGCAUCAAUGGUUAAUGAAUACAAUAUAUCACCUAAACAUGAGCAUUAUGGUUGCAUGGUGGACCUCUAUGGCCGGGCUAAUCUUCUUAGAGAAGCUCUUGAGGUCGUAGAGACUAUGCAUUUGGCGCCAAACAUUGUCAUCUGGGGAUCCCUUAUGGCUGCCUGUCGAAUCCAUGGUGAGUUGGAAUUAGGAGAGUUUGCUGCAAAACAACUUCUUGAGCUAGACCCUGAUCAUGAUGGGGCUCAUGUCCUGUUGUCGAACAUUUACGCCAGAGAAAGGAGAUGGGACAAUGUCGGGGAGGUGAGGACAUUGAUGAAAGACAGAGGCAUAUCCAAGGAACGGGGUUAUAGUCGAGUUGAAUUGAAAAAUGAGAUACAUGAGUUCUUGAUGGCAGAUAAAAAUCAUCAAGAAGCAGAGAAGAUCUAUUGGAAGUUGGACGAGGUGGUUAGCAAGUUGAAACUGGUUGGUUAUGCCCCAAAUACCUGGGGUGUUUUGAUUGACUUAAAUGAAGAAGAGAAGAGGGAAGUAGUUUUAUGGCACAGUGAGAAGUUAGCACUUUGUUAUGGGCUAAUUAAAGCAGAGAGAGGAUCUUGCAUCCGUAUAAUUAAGAACCUUAGGAUCUGUGAGGACUGCCACAAUUUCAUGAAGUUGGCAUCUAAGGUUUACGAGAGAGAAAUUGUUGUCAGAGAUAGGACUAGGUUUCACCAUUACAGAGAUGGUGUGUGUUCCUGUAAAGACUACUGGUGAUCCUAUUAUACAUUCUUAUUGCUU